AUGCGGGAAAUAGUGCACGUGCAGGCUGGCCAGUGUGGGAAUCAGAUCGGUACUAAGUUCUGGGAGAUUAUAUCAGAUGAACAUGGGAUCGAUCCCAGCGGAGUGUAUCGAGGAGAGAGCGAUCUUCAGUUAGAGAGACUGAAUGUAUACUACAAUGAAGCUUCCAGCGGUAAAUAUGUGCCCCGUGCAGUUCUCGUCGAUUUGGAGCCCGGGACCAUGGACUCGGUGCGAUCUGGCAAAUACGGAGCACUGUUCCGCCCAGAUAACUUUGUCUUUGGACAAAGUGGUGCAGGUAACAACUGGGCGAAAGGUCACUACACAGAAGGUGCAGAGCUCGUAGACUCAGUACUGGAUGUCAUCAGAAAAGAAUCCGAAGGAUGCGAUUGCUUACAAGGAUUCCAACUAACUCACUCUUUGGGAGGUGGCACUGGUUCUGGUAUGGGAACACUUCUCCUCAGCAAGAUUCGUGAAGAGUAUCCCGAUCGUAUCAUGACCACGUUCAGUGUUGUGCCUUCACCUAAGGUCAGCGAAGUGGUCUUGGAGCCAUACAACGCAACUCUAUCCGUACAUCAGUUGGUAGAAAACACAGAUAUGACCUUCUGUAUCGAUAAUGAAGCUUUAUAUAACAUCUGCUUCAGAACACUACGUCUGAGCAGUCCGAGCUAUGGAGACCUAAAUCAUUUGAUUUCACAAACAAUGUCGGGUGUGACAACAUGUCUACGUUUCCCAGGACAGUUGAAUGCUGAUUUACGUAAGCUCGCCGUCAACAUGGUGCCAUUCCCAAGACUGCACUUCUUUAUGCCUGGCUUCGCCCCGCUGACUGCAAAGAACUCUUUCAACUACCGCGCCCAGAACGUUCCAGAACUCAUGAGCCAGAUGUUCAACCCCGGUAAUAUGAUGACUGCAUGUGACCCGCGCCACGGCCGCUACCUCACCGUGGCCACCAUGUUCCGCGGACGGAUGUCCAUGAGAGAGGUGGACGAUCAGAUACUGGCUAUACAGAAUAAGAACUCCAGCUACUUCGUAGAAUGGAUCCCCAACAACUUGAAGGUAGCAGUCUGCGAUAUCCCUCCCAGAGGUCUGAAGAUGUCAGCUACCUUCAUUGGAAAUACUACCGCGAUACAGGAGAUCUUCAAACGCAUAUCUGAACAAUUUACAGCCAUGUUCAGAAGACGGGCUUUCCUCCACUGGUAUACCGGCGAGGGUAUGGACGAGAUGGAGUUCACUGAAGCAGCCAGCAACAUGAGCGACCUCAUCUCAGAGUACCAACAGUAUCAGGAGGCUCAUGUCGAUGACGAUGAAGUCGAAUUCGACGAAGAAGAACAAGAAGAAGACGGCUAUCCAGAGACAAAUCAUGUUAUUACGUCUGCGCAAAUC